UUCAAAACGUUUGCGGUCGACCGGUCGACCGCGGUCUACGUGUUGGCCAUCCCUGCACUAGAAGAUAGUAGGAGAUAGCUUCAAUCAGAAUCUAAGAUACCUGACUGGAUUGACAAAUAGCCAAUUAGUCUACAUGAAGAAGGAUGGCAUGGCAGAUGGCAUUAUAUUCAAAACCUAUAAAUAUGAGUAAAGCCGGUUUCUAUUCAGUCAGAGGCCAAAACAGAGAGAGGGAAGAAUCACGUGCUGAGAAAGGAACCCACUUUAUCUAGGAUCUUAAAGACCAGAUAUUGAUAUGGAUUUGAAUCCCCUUAUUUUGGUUACACUAGCCAUUGGUUGUUAUUACAAUUCUCUUCACUGUGAACUAGUGUUCGAUGAUAUAGCAGCUAUCAAAGAGAACAGAGACGUUCUUCCGCACACACCGAUCGGGAAUAUCUUCUUUAACGAUUUUUGGGGUACGCCAUUGAUUAAGGAACAUAGUCACAAGUCAUACCGACCGCUCACAGUGUUCACUUAUCGACUCAACUACUCGAUCCAUCAGUUAGAUGCAUUUGGAUAUCAUUUAGUCAAUGUUGUUCUGCACGCCAUCGUCUGUUUGCUUUAUUAUAGGAUUUGCCUGCUGUUCCUUCCCUCGAAGACGUCUUUUAUCGCUUCUGUAUUAUUUGCCGUUCACCCUAUCCAUACAGAAGCUGUUACGUCUGUUGUUGGAAGAGCUGAACUGUUAUCUGCCAUUUUUUAUUUAUUUGUAUUAAGGCUAUAUAUUACUCAAAAUCGUAAAUAUGCAGUCAACUGGUUGGUCUGGUUUGGUAUCAUUUCCCUCUCCAUUGUGGGAUUUUUAUGUAAAGAACAGUCCAUCACAGUUUUGGUUGUCUGCAUCAUUUUCGAGUUUUCAUCGCUUAAGAUACAUUCAAUAAAAAAGUCACCCAACAACAACUUGUCUUCUUUUCACAAUAAACUUUUUCGGAUGGCCCUCUUAUUUUUGGCUUCUGGAAGCAUUAUAUGGAUUCGCAUCUCUUUAAUGGGAUCCCGCCUUCCAAAAUUUAAUAGAUUCGACAAUCCGGCAUCCGUCUCUAAAUUUCCUGAUCGACAGAUGACAUAUAAUUUCCUCUCCGUUUUGAAUUUUGGUCUUUUGUUGUAUCCCUUUAAUCUGUGCUGCGAUUGGUCCAUGGGAACUGUGCCUUUAGUAACAUCAUUUUGGGAUAUUCGCAAUUUAGGAACUGUAUGCUUGUACUCGGGUUUGUUUGUUAUAAUGAAGACUUCAUUGAGUGGAAUGAGAUUUAAAAAAUCUCUAGUAAUGGGAAUUGCCAUGACCGUUGCGCCUUAUAUUCCUUCUUCAAAUUUAUUUUUUCCCGUUGGUUUUGUGGUAGCGGAAAGGACUUUGUAUUUACCCAGUAUGGGAUAUUGUAUUUUAGUGGCUAUAGGAUGGAAUGCACUUAUGGAAUUUGGAUUUUACAAAACGAUUUUCCGUUGGGGUUUAUGGUUGUUGAUCCUGAGUCACGUCGUACGUACUAAUAGAAGAAACGAAGAUUGGAGAACGGAAUAUACUCUAUACGAUUCAGCGUUGAAGUUCACCCAAAAAAAUGCAAAACUCUACAACAAUAUGGGAAGAGUAUUGGAAGGACAGGGGAAAAACUCCGAAGCUAUCCAUUAUUUUAAAAGUGCGAUCAAAGUGGAACCAAAUGAUGUUAGAGGACAUUUAAAUCUUGGAAGAAUAUUAACUAAAUUGGAAAAUUACGAAGAAGCGGAAAAAAUAUAUUUAAUGGCGAAAUCUCAUCUCGAGCAUCAGCUGAAUUCUAAACAAACCUCCGUGACACGAAGUCACUUACAGGUGUUACUUCAUUUAGCUUCUUUAAUCUCUCUCAACCGAACUCGACUCCAAGAAGCAGACCAAUUAUAUCAGAGGGCCAUCAGCAUUAAGUCCGAUUAUUCUGAUGCCUAUUUUAAUCGGGGAAACGUUCUGUUGAAGAUGAACAAAACUAAAGAAGCGGAGAUGAUGUAUCACAAAGCUUUACAACUGGAUAAUGAAAAUCCUGAUAUUUAUUCCAACUUAGCUACCGUUCUUAUGCUUCAGAAGAGGAAAGAAGAAGCGUUAGAAUAUUUGAAUAAGGCGCUAAUUAUUCAACCUGAUCAUCAGAAAGCCUUGAUGAAUUCGGCGAUGUGGAUGGAGGAAGACGAAAAGAAUAACUGGCACCAUCUGUCGAGCGAAAGACUUUCGUCGAGUGGAAAAAAUAAUGGAGAGACAUUUUUUCAAUUGGCAAUGACUUAUCUAUCGGAAAAGGAUUUAAAAAACGCGGAAAUUUGGUUGAAAAGAGCUAUCGAGUUGGAACCGCAUAUGAAAAACGCUCUAUUUAAUUUGGCAUUAUUGUUGUCAGACGAAGAUCGACCAAUGGAAUCUUUAGUCUAUAUCAAGCAGUUAUUAAAAUUUUAUCCGGAUCACAUCAAAGGAUUAAUCCUUUUGGCUGAUAUAAACGUUAAUUAUCUGAAGGAUUUAGAUUCUGCCGAACAGUGUUACGCUAAAGUAUUACUACUAGAACCGAACAAUUUGCAGAGUCUUCAUAACACGUGCGUUAUCCACUUGAAAAGGACCCAAUAUCAAAAAGCCGCCGAUUGCUUUUACAAUGUAUCGAAUUUAUACCCCAGUGUAGAUUACGUUCAUCGUCAUUUACAGCUUACACGAGAGCUAUUAAGGAACGAAGUUAAUGUCAAUUUUCCUAAACAAUAGCCAUCAUCAUUUGACAUUUCUAAAAAUUUCGAAUCCGUUUUAAAUAUUUUUAUGAGAUUUAUUGUGUAAAAUUGUACGUUUAUAUUAGGAAAAAAAAUGUAUUUAAAUAUUUGCUCGGUCACAAAACUGUGAUAUAAAGUGCCAAGAUUUAUUUUGUAUAUAUUGUAAAAUAAUUGGAAAAAUGUUAUUGUUAAAUAAAACUUUUAUUUAAUUAAA